AUGCAAUCCUUAGAAAUAUACUUCACAAAGAUCUUCAUUAACAAUGAAUGGCAGAACUCAGAGAGUGGGAGAGUAUUCCCUGUCUGCAAUCCAGCCACAGGGGAGCAAGUGUGUGAAGUUCAAGAAGCAGACAAGGUGGAUAUAGACAAGGCAGUGCAGGCAGCCCGCCUGGCCUUCUCUCUUGGGUCAGUGUGGAGAAGGAUGGAUGCUUCUGAAAGAGGACGUUUGUUGGACAAGCUUGCAGACUUGGUGGAACGGGACAGGGCUGUUCUUGCAACCAUGGAAUCCCUAAAUGGUGGCAAGCCAUUCCUGCAAGCUUUUUACAUCGAUUUGCAGGGAGUCAUCAAAACCCUGCGGUAUUAUGCAGGCUGGGCUGAUAAAAUUCAUGGAAUGACCAUUCCUGUUGAUGGAGACUAUUUUACUUUCACGAGACACGAACCCAUUGGAGUGUGUGGACAGAUCAUCCCAUGGAACUUCCCCCUCCUGAUGUUCACCUGGAAAAUUGCUCCUGCACUGUGCUGUGGUAACACAGUGGUUAUCAAGCCAGCAGAACAGACACCACUCAGUGCACUGUACAUGGGAGCCCUCAUCAAGGAGGCUGGCUUUCCACCUGGAGUCGUCAAUAUUCUGCCAGGGUAUGGACCAACAGCCGGGGCAGCAAUAGCUUCUCAUAUUGGCAUAGACAAGAUUGCAUUCACAGGCUCUACUGAGGUUGGAAAGCUGAUUCAAGAAGCAGCCGGGAGAAGUAACUUGAAGAGAGUAACCCUGGAGCUCGGAGGGAAAAGCCCUAAUAUUAUUUUUGCCGAUGCUGAUUUGGACUACGCGGUGGAGCAGGCUCACCAGGGUGUGUUCUUCAACCAAGGCCAGUGCUGCACCGCAGGGUCUCGAAUCUUUGUGGAAGAGUCCAUCUAUGAGGAGUUUGUGAAAAGAAGUGUGGAAAGGGCCAAAAGGCGCAUUGUGGGGAGCCCCUUUGACCCCACCACUGAGCAGGGUCCUCAGAUUGAUAAGAAACAAUACAACAAGAUCCUGGAGCUCAUCCAGAGUGGUGUGGCUGAGGGUGCCAAGCUGGAGUGUGGAGGCAAAGGACUGGGAAGGAAGGGCUUCUUCAUUGAGCCUACUGUGUUCUCCAACGUCACUGAUGACAUGCGGAUUGCCAAGGAGGAGAUCUUUGGUCCUGUUCAGGAAAUUCUGAGGUUUAAGACUAUGGAUGAAGUUAUAGAAAGAGCCAAUAACUCAGACUUUGGACUUGUAGCAGCUGUCUUCACUAAUGACAUCAACAAGGCUCUCAUGGUGUCAUCUGCAAUGCAAGCUGGAACUGUUUGGAUCAAUUGUUACAAUGCCUUAAAUGCUCAGAGCCCCUUUGGGGGAUUCAAGAUGUCUGGAAAUGGCAGAGAAAUGGGAGAGUUUGGCUUACGAGAGUACUCAGAAGUCAAGACCGUGACGGUGAAGAUCCCGCAGAAGAACUCCUAA